ACAGGCAAUUGGGGUGUGCCAUCUGGCCUGGGGUUCAAUCUGAGGCAUAGGAGUAGCAGAGCGGGCGGGGUCCCUGAAAAUCAGGAGGAUCUUCGCAUCUGGGGCAGGUCAGGAGUCCAAUUUCACAGGCAUUGAAGCUGAUCAAAAACUCAUGGAGACCAGCAGCCCCUGGAGAAUAGUGGAUGACUGUGGUGGUGCCUUCACAAUGGGAGCCAUUGGUGGUGGCAUCUUUCAAGCUAUCAAAGGAUUCAGAAAUUCCCCUGUGGGUGUAAAUUAUCGGUUGCGGGGCAGUUUGACAGCAAUUAAAACCAGAGCACCACAACUGGGAGGUAGUUUUGCUAUUUGGGGUGGCCUCUUUUCCAUGAUUGACUGCAGUAUGGUGAAAGCCAGAGGAAAAGAAGAUCCUUGGAACUCCAUCACUAGCGGUGCCUUAACUGGAGCAAUAUUAGCUGCAAGAAAUGGACCAGUUGCCAUGGUUGGGUCUGCAGCUAUGGGUGGAAUUCUUCUAGCUUUAAUUGAAGGAGCAGGUAUCCUAUUAACAAGGUUUGCGUCUGCACAGUUUCCCAAUGGUCCUCAGUUUGCAGAUGAUCCCUCUCAGUUGCAACCUUCUCCAUUUGGAGACUACAGGCAAUAUCAAUGAUUUAUUGUAUUCUUCUGUUCUAUGUUGUACAAGCAAGUUGUCACUCUUAAAGACACACAAGAUGCAGUAUCAUUUGAAGACUUUUCAUUGAAUGUGUACACCUGGAUGCUCCUGUACUUCACAUUUACAAGAUAACCUAUGAAUAAGAUACCAUUAUUGUAAAGUGAUUAUGAGAUACCUUCGUUCUACCUUGUGGACCAAGCAACAUUCUGGUUACAAGAAGAAAGCGGCCUUUGCAAAAUGGAGGCGACUACACUGGUACCAUUAACUUUAAGGGACAGAAUAGCCAUUCCACAGAGCUGCGUAGCCCAAUACCAGGUGCUUCUGAGAGGAGUGUGGAAGUAACAGGUGGGCUGUCCUUUUUUUACACCAGAUAAUUGGAACUGGGGACACACAGUGAAUGUUGAGCACCUGUUUUGUCCUCCUCCUCAUAGUCUAAUAUCACACAUAGGUAUUAAACUGAAGUGUUAAGGAAAAUAGUUAUGAUCUAAUUUUAACACUGGAAGGGUUUUUCUUUUCUUUAGUAAACUACUGUAUAGGGUGCCUAAAUACUUUUAAAGGACAAAGUUGAUUUUUUCCCCAUAUAAGCUUGCUCAGUUCCGAUUCUUGACCAUUUGCAUUUUUAAAAUUGUCAUCAUUGAAAUGAAAGAAUGGGAUGUUAAGGACAAUCUGAUGGUGUAAUUUGCACAUGUAAAGUCUGUUGUUCACAAGCUUGACAUGUCUGCAGUACAAAUUUAUUUCCCCCAUAGGAUUCCUAUAUCUUGCUUAUUACAAACAGAAUAUUGAACACUUAGCUGUCUUCAGUGGACUUCUGAUGUGAAUUAGCCCUUUUCUAAUGAUGAUUUAUUUAUUUGACAAGAAAAUAAAUUAUGCAGUCUCCUUCAGCUGGCCUCUUAUGGGCAAAGGUUCUAAAAUAGUAUUUUGGUGGAAGUCUAUAUGAGCUAUGUUCACAAUACUCCUACCUGGAUUGAUAAUUUUCACACUUGUUUAAACAAAUCAUUGUUCUGCAGACACAUGCAAAAUCAACUUAAUUAUUACUACUCAUCCAGAAACCUUUAUAUGUACAAUGAUUGGUGUUGAACCAGUUGCUCAAGUCAUGCUCUUCAACUGGAUUGUACAGUAAAUAUAAGAUGUUCUGUUUGAUUUUUACCUAUGUAUAAAUGAAGAACUAAUUGCACCCUCAAGGUGGGAAGCUACUUGGGCUGGGUACUGUAUUAAAUUAGUUGAAACCAUA